AUGCAUCUCAUCACCCUCGCCCUGGCCCUUCUAGCCCCUCUGGCCUUUGCCGACCGCACCGCAGACAUCUUCGCCUGGCCCUUGUCCGCUUCCUCUUCCCAAUCCCUAGCCUCCUGCACCUACAACUCCACCCAUGCAACAGUAAAGAACUACAAACCUCCGACCAUCCCGACAGGAGACGAAGUCGUCCGCAUAGGUUUCCACCACCCUGACAAGCAAUGGUCUGGUGUGGCGACUGCUGCAUCCAACUUCGGGCCUGGGAAAGAUAGGACGUUGCUGCUACAUGUGGAUGCGAAGGGAGAGCUAUAUCAUGUUGGUUUCAAAGCCACAUUGCGAGAAGGAGGGAGCAGCAGCGCGUCGGGAAGUGGAAAAGAUGGGCUAGACGUGGAAGUUGUGAGAGCAAAGGAGGGGCAAGGGCCGGUGUUGAAUAAACCUGUGGUGUUGACUGCGGAGGGUAAGGUGGAGGGGAAGGAGCCUGAGAAGUCUUUCUUCCAGAAGUACUGGUGGGUCAUUGGAGGCUUCAUACUGUUCCAGGUGGUCAUGUCAGGGGGUGGGAAAGAAUGA